AUACUGCUAUUGUGCUCGGGACGUUUCAGGGGAAUAAAGCAACAGCUUGUCCAUCGCAGGUGAAGUAAAUAAUCGGGGUAUCUGCUUCUCUGCACGUAUUUAACUAGACAGGUGUUUUUAAUUAAACUUGUCGUUAUGUUUCCACCCUUUUCUCCCUCUUUUUUUGUUUUUGCUCUGACGAUAGAUGUGAGACAUUUUGUGGCGUUUCCAUAAAUCAAGCUGAGAAAAUUGCCCGGACGGUUGGAAAUACUGAGUUUGAUAAAGUAGAAUUCUGCUUUUGAGACGUUGUAGGAAAGAACUAGCCCCGUAAUACUUGCUCUUCCCCCCACCCCCCGAAAUUUUUGUUUCAAAUUCUAGGCCCCGAAUCUGUACGACUGUAGAUGAGUGCGUGGCCGCGCCAAGCCUUAGUGAAUCCGGCAUAUCCCCAGUAAGUCUCUCAUUUGCCCACCGCUAAAAUAGAUCUAACCCUAGACCGAGUCUCGCUUAAGUUUAGUCUUAGGAUCCCUAACAGCUGCGGCCGCAACAAGGUCUUUCAGACAGACAGGCAAGUAGCGCUCUUUUCUGACUGCGACGAGGUUUAGAAUGGCGCGAUGGAAGCCAACCCAGCCGCCGGGACGGCGGGCGGAGCAGGGGCGGUGGAGCCGGCUGUCCCGGCCGGGGCUGGGCGCGGGCGCGCAGCCGCUCGCGCUCCGUUCCCGCUCCCCGCCCCGGGCAGGCCGAUCAGGAGGGUCCGACGCGUCCGUCGGGUUCCCCAGUGUCCUCGCUGGCGGACGGGGGACCCUGUCAGCCCCGGGACGCCCCGGCCCGGCCCUCCUCGAUCGUCUGGAAACGGCUUACAGGCAUCUCCCCAUGGGGCUCGGGCUGCUGCCCGUGCCGUCCCCCGGCCCGGGCCGCCGUGCGCCCGUCGCGCCGACCGGAUGGCGGGGUGUGGGGCGGGGGGAUCUCGAGGGCCCGCGCCGCCGCGAUGUGACCGGCACAGCCCCUCAGGGCGACGUCCGCGGACCCCGGCUGCCGGAAGCUUCUCGUCUUCCCCGGGAAUCGCUGCUGCGAAUCGGAAUCGGGGAGCGCAGCGGGGCCGCCCGGUCCCAGCCCGGACGCCGCGCACAAUGGUUUCCCCUCGGGACUCCCGCAAGGCCUCCUCUGCUUCCCGUCCGCGGCGGGACGACCUGGGCUGCCUCUGGCUGAGUGCUGGGGAGGCGAGCGCCCCGCGGGCUCCGGCCAGGAGAAGCACUAGCCCAAGUGCCGCGUCGGGCUCGGCCCG